UCACUGGCACGCAGCUUGGAAGCCUUUAAUUAAGCUUCCAAAAUUUCUUACACUCGUACCGAUUUCUCCGAAAUAUAUCUCCCAAAUAUAUCUCCGAGAGAAAGUUAAACAGAAAUAAAAAGACAAUGAAAGAGGAAGAACAUGCAACGACCCUCAAAAUCUGAAAUUGGGGAUCAGAUGAGGACUUCCCUUGCUGCUGUGGUGGGCUUGGUAUGAGAGGGACAAUGGGUCUGUCUCCGAAUUCAGCCGAGGCGAGGCAUCGAACCACGGGAUCUUUUGAUGAAGCAAACAAAAGAAGGCACCAAAGGCGCAGAGACUUUAAAGAAGCAGAAAAACUGACAUUUGCUAUCCCUGAGAGAAUCGAAAGCUGCAAAUUCCGUUCACUGAAACUUGUCCUUUUUAUUAUAACAUGUGGCACACUUUUAACACUUCUCUGCUCUCCAGCAGUUAAUAAUGACCAUGUCCUGCAUUCUGGGAAACGGUCCAGGCUGGUUGAUGUUGGGUGGAUUUGGGACAAAGCCAUUUCAGAUUCACGAUAUGAAUCUCAUCUGGAUACCAAUUGGACCCAAAUAUCAAAAGCCAUGGAAAAUCUUGAUGCAACAAAAGGAAAGCUAAAGCUCGGUCUACUCAAUUUUAACGUGGCGGAGGUUAAUAACUGGCAGCAGCUAUUACCACAUGCUGAAUCUUCUAUAGUGCAUCUAGACUAUGCUAAAAGCAAUCUAACUUGGGAGGACUUGUAUCCGGAAUGGAUCGAUGAGGAGCAGGAAUCAGAAGUGCCCAUUUGCCCAACUCUUCCGGAGCCAAAGUCAGUUCAAGGGUUUCAGUUCGAUCUUAUUGCUGUCAAGCUUCCCUGUAAUAGGACCGCAAAGAAUUGGUCAAGAGAUAUUGCUCGGUUUCACUUGCAGCUUGCAGCAGCUAAGCUUGCUGCGGAUUCUGGUAAUGUCCGUUAUAAGGCACAUGUUCUCUUUGUGACCGAUUGCUUCCCAAUCCCGAAUUUAUUUUCUUGCAAGAACCUUGUUGUGAGGAAUGAGGACACUUGGCUUUAUAGGCCAGAUUUGUCGAUUUUAAGGGAGAAGCUCAAGCUUCCUGUUGGGUCUUGCCAGCUUGCCAUCCCUCUUAACGAAAAAGUGAGACCACUCUCUGAUGCCCGAAAGCACCGAGAAGCCUACGCCACCAUCCUCCACUCCGCAAACAUAUAUGUCUGUGGUGCAAUAACCGCAGCUCAGAGCAUUCGUACGGCGGGGUCCACUAAGGACCUUGUCAUACUAGUCGACAACACCAUCAGCGACCACCACAAAAGCGGCCUCCAAGCCGCCGGCUGGAAAGUCCGAAGCAUCCAAAGAAUCCGAAACCCGAAAGCCGAGCGCGACGCCUACAAUGAGUGGAACUACAGCAAAUUCCGCCUCUGGCAGCUCACUGACUAUGACAAAAUCAUCUUCAUUGACGCCGACCUCCUCAUCUUGAGAAACAUCGAUUUUCUAUUCACGAUGCCAGAGAUUACCGCCACUGGCAACAAUGCCACCCUCUUCAACUCGGGCGUGAUGGUUCUCGAGCCCUCAAACUGUACUUUCAAUCUCCUAAUGGAACACAUCAACGAGAUAGAAUCCUACAAUGGAGGAGAUCAAGGAUAUUUAAACGAGAUAUUCACAUGGUGGCAUCGAAUUCCUAAGCACAUGAACUUCCUAAAGAAUUUUUGGGUAGGCGACGAGGAGGAAAUGAAAUCUAAGAAAAUUCAGUUAUUUGGGGCUGACCCACCAAUUCUCUAUGUUCUCCAUUACUUAGGAUAUAAGCCGUGGCUCUGCUUCAGAGACUAUGAUUGUAACUGGAACAUCGAUAUAUUGCAAGAAUUUGCGAGCGAUGUGGCUCAUGCUCGGUGGUGGAGAGUGCAUGAUGCCAUGCCCGAGAAUUUGCAGAGGUUUUGUCUUUUGCGGUCGAAGCAGAAGGCGGGGUUGGAGUGGGACCGGAGACAGGCUGAGAAGGCAAAAUAUGCUGAUGGGCAUUGGAAACGAAAUAUAACUGAUCCAAGGCUGAGUAUUUGCUAUGAGAAGUUCUGUUUUUGGGAGAGUAUGUUGUGGCACUGGGGCGAGACGAAUUGGACGGAUAAUAGUCCGUCGACUAUGACACCUCCGAUUGCAGCUCUACCGAGUUUGUGAUGUCGAAUACAUCUCUUCGUAGAAUGAUGUCGAUUACAUCUCUUCGUAGAAUUCUUGCUGUGUUUUUCUUUAGCGCUAUAUAGAUCAAUAUAAACUAGUUUCUUGCCUUGUCAUGCCCUGAAGAUUAUGUUGUCUCACUAGACGAGUGUAAAGAUGGCCUGUUUUCGGUCUUAUGUGUGUCAAACUUGUUGACUCUGGGUGUCACAGGCGUAUAUAGGUUUAUGUUUUCGGUUAAUAAGGAGCUAAAAUUGGUGAUUCUUUUGGACAAAACUCUUUUUCUGUAUUCCAUUUUGAGUAUAAAGUUCACAUAAUACAAGAUUAUCUGUUUAUUGCCGA